UUGACGAAGGAGUUGGCUUCUUUGCAAAUGAAGGGCAAAAUGAGAAUUCUUCUGUCAGUGAAGAUCUUUCUUUUGUUGCACCUUGCUCAAAACCUAAAUGGUGAAGCAAUUUCUCCAAGCAAGGCAAUAACUCAUGGUGGACAGAAAGAUGCCCAAAAUGAUGUCUAUACCUCUCGAUAUGCGUACUUGUUGGCACUACAGAGUUCAAUGGACAUGUUGGAACAACGGCUGGGGCAAGGAAUCUCGACAGUAGAGCAGGAAAACAAGAAUGAAGAAUGGGUCAACAAGAAACAGAGUGAAGUAAAUCUUACAGGAAAAGCCAAGGGGUUCUCAAACCGUAACUAUGCUGGCGUGAUACUUUUCUGUAAAGAGGACAUAUCAGGUUUAUGUGCAAGCCGUCAACAUCCUGGUGUCUUCUACUACAUUCGAGGCGCGAAAAAAAAAGAAAAAGGUGAAAGCAUUAUCUACGCAUACGACACCAAUAAACGGUCAAUUAUCGUUGAGAUCAGUUUGGAUGCUGUCAACACUGACUGGGAAGAUAUCGCAUGUGGUCCUUGUGAUUCGGAUGGAUUUGGACAUUGUAUUUAUGUAUCUGAUACUGGAAAUACAGGAGAAGGUCCUGUUAAUCUGAUCUACAAGGUGCAGGAACCAGAGGAAGUGAUACAGGGUCGUAAACUGUCUCUCGGGGAGGACGAAAUCGAGGUCAUCGGUUUUGAAUCCACAUUGAAGAAUAGUAAGACACUCAUGGUUUCACCAAGAGGCAGAAUCUUCCUCAUGGAUUCUUCCCGCAAACCUGGAGGGUUAUAUGAAAUCGAUGAAUAUGAAGCCAAAUACCUCUUUAAUGUGGCUUUACCCAAGAGCAAGUCACACGAAGGUCCGAGUGGUGGAGAUAUAUCUGUAGAUGGUAAGGGAUUCCUUAUCAAGUUCAAAGAGGAGGUAUUCUACUGGUAUGUUGAUGCAGAAGAAGAUAUGGAAAAGGUCCUCACCGAUUCCAAACAGUCCAUGCAACUCCCUUAUUGGACAGAAACAUUUGGCGAAUCAGUUGCUUGGAGUCUUGAUGGGGCAUCCUACUUUACAGUCUCUGCAGGCUGUAACGAACCACUAUAUCGAUAUGAGAGACUUGAUCAUGCCACAACCGCAGUGUCAGAUGAGUACGAUGAAUAUGAUGAUGAUGACUAUGACGAUGAUGACUAUGACGAUGAUGACGAUGAUGACGAUGAAGAUCGCUAUGCGAUGUCUCCGUUUGGUAUCUUUGGUUCGCUUGUGUUUGGGUAGGCGUGAUAAUAUGUACCUCAGAAUUCUGUAAUGAUCAUCUUUAUCUUGAAACAUCAUACCUGAGGUGUUUUCGGACCAUGGGUUCAGAGAUACAGUGAUCCUGCAGAUAUAUAUCGAGUAAUGAAGACUAAACCCGUCAAUGUUAUACAUAAUCAUAUAAAAUUGAACAUUGACAACAAAUUGUAGCUAAUUCCUUUACACUUAUUUAUCCACCUGACCUAGCAAUAAAACAUCUCAUAUGUUUUGUAGUUCGAUCUAUGCAUUAAUAUGUGAGUGAGUGAGUGAGUUUGGUCUUACACCUCUUUAAGCAAUAUUCCAUGCAAUAUCACGGCGGGGGACACCAGACAUUAAUUUUGUGAGCGACUUUCCACACUGUACGACUGUAUGACAAGAGGAAUGACUAAAUUUUCCCUUUUUGUCGAGCAUAUAUUUUCCAGUAGCUCCAGCCUAUGUCUAUAUUUUACUUUUGGGGUACAA